CUCAAAAGUGAACUUAGCCGACUCAUGAACGAACACUCGAGCAUGGAAAGCAAACUGAGUGCAAACUCGGCAGAGCUAGAACGUACUACAGAGGCCAUUCGGAAAUUGAACAAAGGGAAAGCGGAUUUAAAUGAACUUCUCUCCAUGGGAAGACAAUAUGGUGAUCUCACCGGAUUGGGUUACACUGGCAACGUUGACAAAUCUGUUCAUCCCUCUGAAGGUACAAUUAAAAUCAAUCAUCCAGGCCUUGGAUUCUCAGACAAGUCUGGUAUUGAAGGUACGAGUCCUCAUGGGAAACCAUCUCGCAACUUGUUUGGCAGGUUUGUAAAAAGCACUGUAAGUAAAUCUUCUCCACCUAAACCUGCAGUGAAGGUUCAUGUACCUAUUCCGGAAUCUGUAAGUAAAUCCCCUCGUAAUUUUGUUCCAAUUUGUCAUUACUGUGGAGUAACUG